UUUCUACAGCUAUAUAUUUCUCAAAAAUAAUAUGUUGAAGAAGUUUCUUAAUUUAAUUAUUUCAAAUUAUAUCUUAAUUGUACCAAGCUCAAAAAUGUAAUAACAUUUAAUAAAAGGGUAAAAAAAAAUCACUAUAUAUUAAUUAAGAAAUAAGAAAUAUAAACAAUAAAUUUAAUUGUUAUGCAAUAAAUAAAACUAAAAUAUAAAUCCUAUACCAAAAAAAUUUACGAUACUAUCAAAGUUUAUUAAAUGAAAAACAUAGUUAAACUCUAGUCUUAAUUUAUUCGUAGUUCAUGAAGAACUACAAAUUUGUUUAUCGUUCGAAAAAAAUAAGCACUGGUGGAAAAGUAUAGAUUGGAAUAUGCUAUUUCCCCUACAUUGGACAUUACUUAGCUCUAGAGUUUAAUAACAUAAAAAUUUUUUUUGAAGUUUUAAAUUCUUUUUGUUGAUAAACAAUUUACAUUUCAAAAAUAUCAUACUAUAUGAGAUAAAUUUUAUUUUUGAUAUUAUUUUUAAUAUUUUGUUUUUCUACAUUUAUAAUUAAAUUUUAUUAAUAAUAAAAAUUAAGAUAAAUAUUUAAAAUCUUAAAGUUAAAAACUAUAAAUUCAGGCCUAGAUAAUUAAGAAAUAAAUCUGGUGAAAUCGGAAUAAUUAAUAAAUAAAUCUGGUGAAUCUGAUUAUUAUAAAGAAUAGAUCUAUACCAUCUUUAGUUUGUCCACACAUAAAACUGAUUGAAAUAUUCUAUUUUAACACAGAAAAGAAAAUUCAGGAUUGAUCAAAAUCCGAACGAACAUGGAAGAACCACCAAAGGAGGAAAACCCUAGCCACCUCUUUGGCGGUGUAGACUCAAUCAGCUCUCUACCAGACGAGAUGCUCCACCAUAUCCUGUCCUUUGUUCCGACCAGUGUAGCCAUCACAACUAGCGUCUUGUCCAAACGUUGGAGGCAUGUAUGGUGCAAGACACCUUAUCUCUCUUUUCCUCAUAUUACAUCCUCUUCUAUUGAAUCGAUUCUCGAAACCCUAGAUAGCUACACGGCCGCAAAAAUCAUGCGAUUCCAUCUCCACGUUGAUAGCGAAACGUGGGAAGACAGCGAAAGGAGCAACCAUGUUGAUAGCCUGAUCAAGUUUGCAAUAUCCCGCAACGUGGAGAAGCUUUCUUUGGUAUUGAAAGCAUAUUACGUUUUUCCAGAUUUCUUCUUCAGCAAUCCAUCUCUAAAGCAACUCAUCGGAGAUUCACUCAACUAUAUGAGACCCAAAUGCACCGUUUCUUGGACAUCACUGCAGAACUUGUCUUUGAGUAACUCUUCACUCGAUGAAUCUUUUCCUAAGCUUCUGUCUGGGUCCCCAAUGCUGGAAAGCUUGAAAUUGCAGUCUUGUUCACUUUCUUGUAUUGAUCUGAGUGGAUCGCCGCGCCUUAGACGACUGGACUUAGAAUUCUUCAAUUCUUUUCCAAGAAAAUGUCAUAUCGUGGCUCCACAUAUCCAUUACUUGAGAAUGAUAGAUUUUGCUCAAAAAUAUAGUUUAGUUGAUGUCUCCUCUUUAAUAGAAGCUAACAUAGACACUAUUUAUUACUUACCUCGAGUCUGGUGUACUCAAGAUGAUACCCCGAAGGAUGAUUACCAAGUGAUGAUGCAAACUAUGCUAGAAAGCUUGCAGAACGUAGAGAACCUUACUGUUGGGCUUAGCUUUCUUCAGAUGCUAUCUGUUGCCGAGUUCAGUGGUGUUCAUUUCCCGACGUUUAAGGUCAAAACGUUGACUCUUAAAACUACAAUUUUGCGAUCUGCGGUUCUUGGUAUAGCUAAGCUGCUACAAAACUCACCUGAAUUAAAGAAAAUUGUUUUCUACAAAACUGAAGAUUGGAACAGCUCAGUGGAGAAAUAUGUUAAUCUCUACAUGGAACCACAAGAUCCACAAGACCUGAUCUUUCCGGCUAAGUCAGCCCUUAAAGUUGCAGGGCCGGAUCUCGUGGCCUCCUUCAUGGAACUUUUGCUGCGAAACACAAGAACAUUGGAGACAUUGGUUUUCCAGUUGAGGAGUUGCCUUAAUACAUCGAAUUAUGAUGAGCUGUCUCAGAUCGCUCUUACACUCUCUCACAAAAAUAAGGUCUCCAUUGUGUUGAAAUGAUCAAAUGAUGUUAUAUUAUGUAUGGUGGGUUUCUAGUGUUGGAUACUUGGAUCCAUUGAAAAUUUUUAAUUGUUGGCCUAUUCUACUGAUUAAAGGUGAAGCUGCUUCAUGUUCACCUGAUUUAAUUAUAGUAGUAAGCAUGGUUCCAUAUAGAAACAAAACUACUGCAAUAGAAGAAAAAAAGACAGUGUGUUCACUUCUUUGGUUUUGAGUUAUA